AUGCCAAAAAACGAUCCACAGCAAGAAGAGAAAGAGCAACAGCGCCUGGACCCGGCCACUGCUAGUCCCGUAGAGAACCUGGAUAGACCGACCACCAGCGAAGGCUCCAAAAGCUCGUCAGAAUGCAAAGCCCCUCCUUAUUCACGGUUCGGCGUCCGUGAAAAAUACUUGAUGGUUCUGAUAUGCGCCUCCAGUGGAGUGUUUUCAACCAUUGCAGGAUCCAUCUACUACCCCGCCUUAAACACGAUUGAAAAUGAGUUUCAUAUCACCACGGAAAUGGUGAACGUGUCUGUGGUGCUGUAUUUCGUAUUCCAGGGCUUGUCGCCGACGUUGAUGGGCGGACUAGCUGACACAUUUGGGCGUCGCCCUGUGGUGCUUUGGUCCGUGGCACUUUAUUUUGCCGCGUGCAUUGGUUUGGCCUGUGCAAAGACUUAUGGUGAGAUUUUGUUUCUGCGAUGUCUGCAAAGUGCUGGCAUUUCCCCUGUUAUUGCCGUGAACAGCGGGAUCAUGGGCGAUAUCACCACCCGCGAGCAGCGAGGAGGCUACGUGGGGCUAACCUCCGGCUUUCAGAUCGUGGGCUCAGCGUUCGGAGCACUCAUCGGCGGUGGUGUAGUGUCGCGCUGGGAUUGGCGGGCCAUAUUUUGGCUGUUGGCCAUUGGAUCGGGCGUCAGUUUGAUCUUCACUUCGAUUAUGCUCCCCGAAACCAAGCGUACGAUCGUUGGAAAUGGCUCCGUCAGACCACUCGCCAUUUGGUCGCGGGCACCGAUCUUGGCUACGCCGUCCUGGAGGCGGAAGCUACACCUCGAUGCCCCGGAUUACGACACCCUGGUCCCUAGAGACAAGCUAAACCUACUAGCACCGCUAACCCUUUACACUCGCCCUGAAAUUGCAGUGCUUUUGUUGGUGACGGGGUUACAAUUUGCACUUUGGGUAACGCAUCUCACAGCAAUGGCCUCCUUACUGGAAAAAGACUAUCAUUUGAGUGUUGCGAAAGUAGGCCUGUGCUAUUUACCAAGUGGGCUUUGCACCAUGACAAGUGUUGUGGGUGCAGGAAGAGUUUUGAACUGGAAUUAUAAGCGUCGCUAUGCUAAGCACAAGCAGUUCAUCGAAACGUCUCGAGCACAAUUGCUACAACAACACGAAAACAACGAAGAGAUUGUAGACGAUAUUCUGUCGAAUGAGCUCGAGUACGCUUUCAACAUUUUCCGCACGAGACUGGAAAUCAUUUUCAUCCCGCUUAUACUGAGUGGUGCAGGGUUUAUUAUUUUUGGAUGGUGUUUGAGCAAGCAUUUGCAUUUGGCCCUGGUACUAGUAUUUAGCGGAUUCUCCUCUCUCUUUUCAAAUUGUGUCAUCGCAUGUGCCACUACUUUGGUAGUCGACCUUUAUCCACAGAAAUCAUCCACAGCCACCAGCUGCAUCAAUUUUUCCCGUUGUAUCAUGGCUGCCGUCUUCGUUGCAGCUCUGAACAAAAUGCUGUCUUCGAUGACUGCAGGGGGAACGUUCACUUUCUUAGCUGGUCUGACAAUAUCGUCGACAUUUACGCUGGUAAUUCCAGUAAAGAAAGGCAUGCGUAUGAUGCAUGAUCGGAAAUUAAGGCAGUUGGCCGAAGAAAAGGCUGCCAAUGCUGCAGCUCCGCAAGAUUUGGAGGAUCAAGUUAACAACGAGGUUGAACAAGAUGAAAUCGAAAAUGAAGCUUAUCACCCACAGGAGGACACUAGCAGCGAAAGUAGCCGCGGUGUAGAGAUACUAAGACGCAUGUCAACCAUUCACUCUGCACACAUGACAACGUGA